AUGGCGGCGUCUCUCCCCAUCGUUCCUUUAGUCAUUGACGGUGCGGAGGUCUCAACGGAGAAUGUGUUUGACGUGCUCAAUCCCUCCACCGGCGAGGUGAUGUCCCAGUCCGCGAACGCGACCGUCACCCAGGCGAACGCGGCGGUCGAUGCGGCUGCCAAGGCUUUCGAGUCAUGGAGCGAAACUCCCCUCACAGCUCGGCGAGACAUCUUCCUCAAAGCAGCUUCCAUCUUGGAGAGCCGAGCGGAGGAGCUGAAGACCUACAUGAAGGAGGAGACCGGUUCAGAUGAGGUCUGGGCUGGCUUGAACAUUGCCCUGUCCAAGGAGUGCCUUCUCGGAUGCGCGAGCAAGGUGACGGGUAUCACCGGAACUGUUCCGACCUUGCAGGAUCCCACCUCCGGAGGCCUAAUUGUGAAGGAGCCUUAUGGAGUCGUGUUUGCGAUGGCUGCCUGGAAUGCACCCUACGCCCUCGGCUUCCGCGCCGUAUGCUGGGCCAUCGCCGCAGGCAACACCGUAGUCUUCAAGGGCUCCGAAUUCAGCCCCCGCUGUUGGUGGGCCAUCAGCUCGGUCCUGCACGACGCCGGUCUCCCCGCCGGCGUGCUCAACUACAUCGCCUGCUCCCCGGAAAACGCGUCCGCCGUAUCCACCGCCAUCAUCGAGGCCUCGCCCGUCAAGAAGAUCAACUUCACCGGCAGCACCGCUGUCGGCCGCAUCCUCGCCAAGCUGGCCGGCCAGAACCUGAAGCCGAUCCUCCUCGAGCUCGGAGGCAAGGCGCCCGCCAUCGUCUGCGAGGACGCGGAUCUCGACGUGGCGGCCCUCCAGUGCGUCUUGGGGUCCUUCAUCUACGCCGGCCAAAUUUGCAUGAGCACCGAGCGCAUCCUCGUGCACGAGAACAUUGCGCAGGCGUUUGAGGAGAAGCUCAAGGCCACCGUGGGAGGAGUCUUCCCUGCGGGCGGGCCCUCGCCCGUCCUCAUCACCCAGGCGGCCGUCGAGAAGAACAAGGCGCUCGUGCAGGACGCGGUCGGGAAAGGCGCCAGGAUCGUCACCGGCGACGUCGCUGCUCCUUCUUCGGCGGGUUCAGCCCUGAACCCCAUCAUCGUUGGUGGCGUGAAGCCUGGCAUGGACAUUUACCUCACCGAGUCGUUUGGCCCCACCGUCUCCCUCAUCACCUUCAAGGACGAGAAGGAAGCUAUCCGCAUCGCGAACGAUACCGAGUAUGGCCUCAGCUCGGCUAUCUUCUCCAAGGAUCUGAGGAGGGCGUUGGCCAUCGCCAAGAGGAUAGAGACUGGCGCCGUUCAUAUCAACAGAAUGACGGUGCAUGAUGAGGGAGCGUUGCCCCACGGUGGAGCCAAGUCUAGCGGCUUCGGCAGGUUUAAUGCGGGAAUGGACGAGUGGCUAAGGACCAAGAAUAUCACUUUUGAUGUUACGACCCAGCUCUAG